CAAAGCCAACCAAAUCUCAAUUCUCCCGUGUUUUUGUCUCGCUUUCUUUCUCUUUCUUUCUCUCUCGCUCGGACUUGCCGGGCGAGGGUUUGAAACUCGGAAUUUUUACCGGAAAAUUGAUCAUCAGUCGCCGAAAAAACGAUACGUUUGGGUGAUGGUGCAAAGAGCCGGACGAAUUAAAUCUCGUUUUUUUUUUUGUUUAAAUAUUUAGGAAAAACCAAAAAUAAUAUAAUACACACAUACUCUCUUUCUCUAGCUCUCUAACUUGCAAUGCAGGGAAAAGGAAGGAGGGUAUCAUAGCUUUGGAGGUCCUUGCACGGCACAGAUGCCGAGAUCCCUUCUUCAAUCCCCUUGCCUUAUGCCGUAAUCCAUUCCAUUUUUCACCUUUGAAAUAGCAAAACAUCUGCACACAGGAGUUUGAUAGAUAGAUAGAGAGAGAGAGAGAGAAAGCGAAGACGGCUAGAAGAGGAGACGAUACUUAAAGUGGACGCCUGAAGAAGGUGGUCUUGGAUUAUCUGUUCGACUUCACAAGCUGUGCGGGGGCAGCUGUAGAGAUGCCAAGCUCUGAAUAUUAGUCUGUUCUGAGGUUUUUUGGUUCCCAACUUGCACAAUGCCAUCAGAAAUAAUGGAUCAACGGGGUUUGUCACCGUCAUCUUUCUUUUAUGAGGAAAUGCGAUUUCCUGCUGAGAGACAAGUUGGAUUUUGGAAGCCCGAAAGCAUGCCUGAUCAGCAUGGAGUGGGAAUCCCUGGAAUAUCGCGGACAUCAGGCAUCAAAUCAGUUGGUUCGUCACCACUGGAAAAACUUGUGCCGGUGGGAGCUCGAUCAAUUGAAUGCUUGGAACUUCCUCAGAAUUAUCUACGUAGAGACCAGAAGCUGAAGCUUAGCUUAGAGCGGCCGGUUGUAGGAGCAGAGAGAACUGCCAAUCUGUCUUUGACUUCAUGGGGAUCUAUGGACCAGGAUGCAGGAGCCAGGCCUAAUUUGUAUGUGCAGCCAGCAUCUUAUCUUGUGGAAGGGAACAAGAUUGAUCUGAAUGGGGCUCAAUAUGAAAACAGUCUCUUCUCGAGUUCCCUAUCAGAAAUAUUUAAUGGGAAGUUGCGAUUGCCAUCAAAUGAUGUUCUAUUUGGACAUUCUGUUGGUUCCAUUGCCUCCCACUAUGAGCAAGAGGAGCCAUUUGAAUCCCUCGAAGAAAUUGAGGCCCAAACCAUUGGCAACCUCCUUCCUGAUGAUGAAGAUUUGCUUUCUGGGGUUAUUGAUGAGAUCGAGUAUAUUGCUCAACCCAACAGUGGGGAUGACAUAGAAGAUUUUGAUCUGUUCAGUAGUGGUGGUGGUAUGGAACUUGAGGGAGAUGAUGGUUCCUCUGGGGCCCAAAGGAACUCUGAUUUUUCUGGGGGAAUUUUGAACGGUCAGCUGGGAGGAUCUAAUAGUUCUGUUGCUGGGGAACACCCAUAUGGAGAACAUCCGUCAAGAACACUCUUUGUGAGAAAUAUCAAUAGUAAUGUUGAAGAUUCUGAGUUAAAGGCUCUAUUUGAGCAAUAUGGAGACAUCCGUACUCUUUAUACAGCCUGUAAGCAUCGUGGUUUUGUUAUGAUUUCUUAUUAUGAUAUAAGAGCAGCACGAAAUGCAAUGAGAGCACUUCAAAACAAGCCACUGAGACGCAGAAAACUUGACAUACACUUCUCAAUUCCAAAGGAUAACCCAUCUGAGAAAGAUAUUAACCAGGGUACGCUGGUGGUGUUCAACUUAGAUUCUUCUGUUUCAAAUGAUGAUCUCCGCCAGAUUUUUGGUGUUUAUGGAGAAAUUAAGGAGAUCCGUGAAACUCCACAUAAGUGCCACCACAGAUUUAUAGAGUUCUAUGAUGUUAGGGCUGCAGAAGCUGCACUUCGUGCAUUGAACAGGAGUGAUAUUGCAGGGAAGCGUAUCAAGCUUGAGCCAAGCCGCCCUGGUGGGGCAAGACGGUGUUUGAUGCAGCAAUUUUCUCCAGAGCUGGAGCAAGAAGAAUCGAUUGUAUGUCACCAACAGGGUAGCCCUCCUACUGAUUCACCAUCAGAUUGUUUUGGACCAGUGUCACAUGGAGCAAUUGCAUCUACUUGCAUAGAAAAUGGAGCUAGCCAGGGUGUAAACUCUACAAUCCGACCACCUAUGAGUCCAUUCAUUGAGAAUGCUUUCCUCCAUGGAAUCUCUUCAAGUGUACCAAAUAGCAUACCAUCCCCAGUGAGAGUUGCAUCAGUUGGUAAUCAAUCUGGGCUGGUUGAGCCCAAUCAUUCAUUUGGGCAUAUGAAGUUUGGUUUCCAAGGCAUGCCAUCUUUUCAUCCUCAUUCACUUCCAGAUUAUCCUGAUGGGUUAGCUAGUGGCAUGCCCUACAAUUCUCCUGGCACCAUGGCAGCAAAUAUCAAUCCCAGACCAGAAGUAAUUGAUAACAGACACCUCCACAGAGUAGGCUCAAAUGGGCAAUCAGUUGAACUUAAUGAAGGUGUGUUUGGUUCUGCUGGAAAUGGGAGCUGCCCACUUCACGGACAUCAUUAUAUGUGGAGUAAUUCCAACUCAUAUCACCCUCCUCCAGCACCCAUGAUGUGGCCAAACUCACCUUCAUUUGUCAAUGGUGUUCAUUCUCGUCCCCCAGCACAGCUGCAUGGAGUUGCAAGAGCUCCUUCUCAUAUCCUGAACACGGUUCUUCCCAUACACCACCACCACCAUGUGGGAUCAGCACCAGCUGUCAAUCCCUCCAUUUGGGAAAGGCGGCAUACCUAUGCAGGAGAGUCUCCUGAUGGUUCCAGUUUCCAUCCCGGUUCUCUUGGGAGUAUGGGGUUUUCUGGUAGUUCUAACUUGCAUCCUUUGGAACAUGCUUCUCAUAACGUCUUUCAUGUUGGUGGUAACUGCAUAGACCCAUCAAUUUCCUCAACUAGUGUUGGAAUGCACUCACCUCAGCAGCGACGCCACAUGUUUCCUAGCAGAAACCCUAUGGUUCCCAUGCCAAGAUCAUUUGAUGCUCCUAAUGAGCGGAUUCGGAGCCGUAGGAGUGAAAGUGGACCCAAUCAGAUGGACAACAAGAAACAGUAUGAACUUGAUAUUGACCGAAUUGUGCAUGGGGAAGACACCCGAACGACUCUUAUGAUAAAGAACAUUCCUAACAAGUAUACUUCGAAGAUGCUUUUGGCUGCAAUUGAUGAACACCAUCGAGGAACGUACGAUUUCAUUUAUUUGCCAAUUGAUUUCAAGAACAAGUGCAAUGUGGGUUAUGCUUUCAUCAACAUGAUUGAUUCUCUCCACAUAGUUCCUUUCUAUCAGGCGUUCAAUGGUAAGAAGUGGGAGAAGUUCAAUAGUGAGAAGGUGGCAUCACUUGCAUAUGCUCGUAUCCAGGGAAAGGCUGCUCUUAUUGCCCAUUUCCAGAAUUCAAGCUUGAUGAAUGAAGAUAAACGAUGCCGCCCUAUUCUGUUUCAUUCUGAUGGUCCAAACGCAGGAGAUCAGGAGCCUUUCCCCAUGGGGAUCAAUAUCCGUUCAAGACCCACCAAGCCACGGACCAGUGGUAUUGAGGAGAAUCAUCAAGGAAGCCCAUCAACCUCUGCAAAUGGGGAGGAAUCUUCCAACGGAACAGAUUCUUUGUCGGGUUCUGCCAAGGACUCAGAGUGACCAUGCCGCUUUUUCCUGGCACUAACAUUAAGAGUGUUGAAAUCAAGUAAUAUGAACUUCUCCUGUUUCUAGUAACUAAAUAUUAGCGGUUCGAUGACGGAUUCUUUUCAAAUUUUGAUACCAGAUUGUGUAGCAGAGCUGAGGGUAUUUUUUUGUUUUUGUUUUGUUUUGUUUUUUUGGCCCUUCCCUCCCGUUGUUUUUGUCGUCAUUUGAAAAUUGUAAUAUUGAAGUUGACAGUGAGGGUAGAGAAGGCACAACAGAGAGGUCCUCAAGAUUUUGGAUUAUAACGAGUGACUGAAAGUGUACAGGAGUUUCUGAGCAAGGGAGGGAUGUUUUUGCUGUGGUUUGAGGAUA